AUGCUUUCCGGCACGGAUAUAAUCUCGAUGCCGUUCACAAAUGCAUAUGAACCCGAACUCUUUCGUGAAAGGUUUCACUCCGAGGGCACAUGCGGUGAGCGAAGCACUGAAGUUGCCGAGCAAGGUAAAUGGGCUGGCUUGGACCGUGAACAAGUCCUCAAGUCCUUUGAAGCCAUUGUAUUGGGCCGGGUUGAAGUGAAGGCGGAGGAUUUUCGGGCCCGGGCCCACUCGGAAUGCGGGACUCGGUUGCUGGAUAAUAACUUGCCGUUAGCCGCUGAGGUUGUCGAGUGGCCUUUUAUUUGCAUAAUCGAAGCAGAUUUCGGGUUUGUGAUGUCCCCAACCCAUUCCCGGCCGUUGGGCGCCGGGAAAAUGCCGGUCGAGCCGCAGUUAAUUGAUACGUCGCCUGUGAAAAGGGAAGUAGGGAAUGGAACUUUUGAAUAUGAUGUGGACGUUGGCUUGAGGCUUCGAAAAAAACGGUGCAUGAUCGGCGCCUUUGAGAUGGAAUACCUGCUCAGGUGGACUUUUGUUGACCAUGCCUUCCUGUACAGCAAGCGGUAUAGCAUUGUCUUCUAG